AUGCCUGCGAAGGGUCUUAUGCUCAGGGAGGGUUUCGUGCCUACACCGCUCUUCUCAAAUACUUUCAAGGGAAAGGACAAGUUAUUUUCAUUGCCCAACAACAAGAAAGGACUGUCUGCACUGAAGUGUGGGUUGUAUGGGGACGACAUUGCAACUAAGAAGGAUGCCUUGUUCAUUCCAGCCACUUCUAGACUGCACUGGAGGGAAUACCGUUCUAGACUGAUCAAGGCUGAGACGCCUUUUUGGAUGAGACGGGCAAGUCUGCACACGGGGCUGUGGGCCCAUGAGUUGUGGGACAUCGAACAGGGAUGCCUGAUGAUCGAGACGGGCAAGCCUUCGACCAUGAGAUCCGAUGACUUUCAGCGCGCUUACGAAGGCCGGGUAGUCUUUGUACUGCACCACAGCCAGGAGCACGGAAGCUACGGGCUGAUUCUUAACAAGGCUACACCGUGCACCAUAGGAGAUUUCACUGAAAAGUUGCCUCACUUCGAUGAUAACACGAUACACUACGGAGGGGAGGGCCACAAGGCAUUGCAAGGACAAGUUGCCAACCGAGAGUUGCACACUAUCCACUCCUGCUCCGAAGUCGUAGGAUCAGAAGAGAUUAUCGACGGGGUGUUCCUUGGCGCGGAUCUUAGACAUGCCAGCAAGCUCGUGGAGCAGAAGCGAGCCAAGGCAAGCCAGUUCAAAUUCUUUUACAGCGCCACCCAAUGGCAACCUGGACAGCUUCAGAGGGAGUUCAAGGAGGGGCGAUGGGUCGCUGCUGCAUGCUCGAAGGAACUCAUUUUGUAUCCGAACUCGUACUGGGAAAAGCCGCUCUGGAAGAUAGUGAUGGAGGUGAUGGGAGGAAAGUUCAGCCUUAUGUGCAGGGAGCUGUGUGAUGACUUGUAG